CGUUAAUAGAAGAGAGUGACUUGGUGUGUGCUGUUUGAGUGGCAGUGGCGGCACGGGUCGAUUCCGCUUUGAUUUGACCAACUGCUACUGCUCGGUUAACCCCCACCUGCAGCCCAUUACGGUAUCAAAGAACCCGCCAAUGCUUAAUACAAUAGAAUUGAAAUAAACACUGGGGCUGCACAAUUAAUCGCAAUAUGGCCAAGUGCCACAUGCAAACUCCAGAAGCUGCAGUUGUUUGUUAAAGGUCAAACAUGAGGACUGUAUUUCUGCAGAGAUGCCCAGGACUACAAAUCUUGAUCUCCGUUUUUUGUACAGACUCCAAGGUGCUGAACCUUGAGCGGGUGCAGGAGCUGGAAACCUGGCUGAAAACCACCAACACAAAGCUGUCUCAAGUUAACGGCCAGAGGAAGUAUGGAGGACCACCUGAGGUGUGGGACGGGCCCACCCCAGGAGCCCGCUGUGAGGUCUUCAUCAGCCAGAUCCCGCGGGACGCCUACGAGGAUCUGUUAAUCCCCCUUUUCAGCUCUGUGGGGCCCCUCUGGGAGUUCCGGCUCAUGAUGAACUUCAGUGGGCAGAACCGCGGCUUCGCCUAUGCCAAGUACGGCUCACCAGCUGUAGCUACCGACGCCAUGCGCCUGCUGCACGGUCACAUGCUGGACCCUGGCUCCCGUCUCAGUGUCCGCCGCAGCACCGAGAAGAGACACCUCUGUAUAGGCGACCUGCCAGCCGCCACCAGGCCAGAGGACCUACUGCAGGUGCUGCAUUCACUGACAGAGGGGGUGGAGAGAGUGUCUCUGAAGGCUGGGCUCGGUAUAGAGGGGGUGUCUGCUAUAGUCGCCUUCUCAUCCCACCACAGUGCUUCUAUGGCCAAGAAGGUGCUAGUGGAAGCAUUUAAGAAGCAGUUUGCGUUGAGCGUCUCAAUCAAGUGGCAGUCCACAGUGAAGCCGAGCCAGGACGAGCCUCUACAGAAACCUUCAAAGGGCCUCCUGCCGUCACCCCUGAAGCCGCCGCAGCACAUACUCAGCUCUCCACGGCCCUCUGUCCUGCCUCCUCGCCUGGCCCGCCAACCAUCCAUCCCACCGGGUUUCUGCAGAGCAGUGGGAGGACCCACUGCCCCCCAGCACCUGCCAUCUCCCUGCUCCUCCUCUUCCUCCCAGGGGCAUCUAGCAUCCACAGUAUCCCCCGUGAUGCUCCUACGCAAGAUGUGUGAGGCGACUGGGGCUGGCCAGCCACUCUAUGAGAUUCACUACAGCCACGCUGGGCCGGAUGGAUUUCUCUACUUUACCUAUAAGGUGUGUAUCCCUGGGAUAACCAUGGCCUUCAAAGGGCUGGUUAUGAUCUUGCCGGGACCCACUGCCACCAGUAUGCUGGAGGAGGCUCAGCGGGCUGCAGCCCAGCAGGUCCUGCAGAGGUUGUACACUGACCAGCUCGUACAGUGACAACCUUAUCAGAUAGUAUGCAGUUCAUUGUCUACAGCACUGUUUCAGGCUCUGUUUGUUUUCUAAAUGACGUUAUAUAAAAAAAAAAAGAUGUUUGAUCUUUCUAUGUAGUAUAUUGAUUUAUGCAUGCUUUUAUUAGUAAUAGAUUUGUUUGUCUUGUUUGAACUUCUGUGGUUUGUUUAAUGCAUGCUUUUAUUGUGUGUUACUGUUGGAUUGGUUCCUCAUUUUAAUUAAAUGAGAUUUCAAAAGAAAAUGUGACUGUGGUGUUACUUUAUAGAAUGGAAACUCUUUGUGUAGAUGACUCACUAAUGACCACUUGGGACCAAGACAGUGCUUCCCAACCUGGGGGUCGGGACCCCCACUGGUUCGCAAGGCUUUCUUGUUUUUAAGGGGUGUAGAAAACGUGUAUAUGUAUAUACACACACCUUUCAGUGUCCCAUGUUUGGUGCUCCCUUGCAAAGUUCAAACGGACAGGUUUGUGGUGUGGGAGAUGUGGCCUUGGGAGAAGUUUUUUUGUUCUUU